AUGGUCGAUACUUUACAUCCCCCUCCGUCGGUCAUUGCGACAUGGCCCAAACCGAACUAUGUUGAUCCCGCCACCAGGGGGCCUGCUCUGGAAUACAUAUGCAUCAUAUUCUCCGUCAUCGGUCUCGUCAUUGUCGCGGCACGAGUCUACUCUCGACUCUUCAUCACAAAAGCACCGGGCCUGGACGACCUCCUCGUGGUUUUGGCCCUGUGUGUCAUCAUCACACUGUGCGUCUUGGUCAUCGUCAGCAACAAAGUCUACCACACCGGUCGACACGUCUGGGACAUCGAGGUCGACACCUUUGUCGGGUCGCGACUCAACAUCUGGAUCAGCCUGUGGUGCUACAUCGUGGCCAUCAGCCUGAUCAAGGUCAGCGUCCUCUUGUUCUACCGCCGACUCAGCGUCAAGUUCAGCAAGGCCUUCCUGAUCGCGACCUGGAUCGGCAUCGUCUACAACAUCCUGUACUUUUUGGCCUUUGGCCUCGCCCUCCUCCUGCUCUGCCACCCUCUCCACGCGUACUGGAAGAGCUUCAACCCCGUGUGGGCCGCGACGCACAAAUACCACUGCGUCUCCGAGGGCAGCACGCUGCCGGCAUCUUCUGCGUUGAGUGUGCUCGGGGACCUCUACAGCACCUUACUUCCCAUGGUGUUGGUGUACAAUCUCGACCUUCCUUCGAGACAGAAGAUUGCAUUGUACGUCUUGUUCGCGUUCGGGUUCAUGGCCGUCGCCGCAGGGACCAUCCGGACGGUGCUUCUGUACAACCUGCUCAACGUGGACUAUGACUUCACGUGGGAGCUGUACGUGACCUGGAUCUGGGGUGUGAUCGAACUCUACCUGGCCCUUUUCGCGGCGAGUGCCCCCGGCCUCAAGCCCUUUUUCCGCCGGUUCUUCAUGGACUCCAUCAACAGCAUCGCGCGGAACUCUCGUAAACGAAUGGAUUACUACGGCCGAAGCAACAAGGGAACCUGGGCCUCGGAGACAAAAGGUCAAAUCAGCGUGGACGUCGCCGUCGAUGUGGAGAGGAUCGGUGUUGCCUAUGGAGGAGGAGGGGAAGAAGAAGUAGACACUCCCGCGAGAGAAAGAGGGUUCUUGCACGACAUUGAACAUGAAGACACGAAACAUUUUGAGUUGAGAGCCAGCCGUGACGGCAAAAAGAUGAUCCCCAUGCAGGUCUAUAAACGCAGCGAAGGAGGAGGAGGAGGGGGAGGCUCAGGGUCCAACACGCCGAUGAACCCGUUCGUAUCGGACCGUGAUCGAAGUCUUUCCUCCAACUCUCCGGGGCCCAAUGUGAACUGGCCCAUGGAAUCAUUCGGACGCGGCGAAAACAACUACAACAACAGUCGCACUGCUUUGCCGAACCCUGGAAUGUCCAGAACAGCAGAAGGAUACCGGUCACCGCCUCCUCAUCAUGUCGGACUGGUCGUGCAUCCUCCGUCGUCAGGCGAUGAAGAACAAGACAGAAGGAUGGCACGGGGUGGCAGUGUCAAGGCUGCUAGGAUGAGGGCUCAGCAACAGGCCGCCGCCGCCGCCUCCGCCAGUAUAAGCCCCGUCGGUCGAAAACGGACGUCGAUCAUCAACCCUCGACAAUUUGAAGACGAACAUGAUGGUCUAGGGACGGGGUCAUCGUUGGAAUCUCCCGCUGGAUCCGACGCCGAGUCGAUUUAUGGAGAGGAGGAGGAAGAGGGCAGGCGGCCUUGGAAUACCAUCAUGACGAACAGCAGCAGGAGUGUCCACACGGGAGGAGGACACAGCAGUAGUAGUGACGAUACGCUACAACUACCCAGGAUGGGGGGAAACAGUGCGAGCCGACCUGCCCGUAUACCUGGUCAAGGCAGUGGGAUCGGGUAUGGAUCGUGACACGACUCUUGGAUGAAGUGGAAGAUCGCUUUGGGUACGCAGUUAAUGUUGGAUGGAUGGUAUGUAUGGUACGUAUGUAUGCGUAUGGGAAGUAAGUGUGGUCACGAGAGACCCUGAAAGGCCCCAAAAAGAAGGAAUAAAACUUAUACCCCAGCAUCGUAUUGAGGUUCUAGAACGAGGAUAUAUACCAAGGUGCA